AUGUCGAAUCCACACAAUAUCAACGUGAACAGUAGUAAAGAAGAGGAGAUGCAUACCGUCUUUGAUACACUGAUCCCGUCCCUUGAAGCGCUGUCUGACGGCUUCAAAGAUAUGCACAAGCAGUUUGACAAGCUCAAAAAGGUCAAUGACAAUCUAGUGGAAUUCAAUGAUUCUUUCGGUGCCUUUCUGUUUGGAUUAGCAGCGAACGAUACAACAAUAAAGUGGCGUUCGCCGAUUACCGAGAGCGAAAUUGCAAAGCACAAGAAACACUUAAAUCAGUUACAAACACACGAAGCGACAAAGGCGGUUCAGAUUGUCAAGCAGCCCCCUCAUACAGCCACAGCAGCCUCCUCCUCAUCAACAGCAGUAGCAACAGCAUCCUCAUCAUCAGCAGCAAAAGCGAAAUCUGCGCCGAGGCCCCUUCUCAAAAGACCCAUAACCGAGAAAUCACCUGAAAAUGCCCGCAAAAAGCAAAAGACUAUACCAGAGAUACCAAAGCAGCUCGUCUCAAAUCGUCGCUUCGAACCCAAGGUAAAUGUCACCAGUAUCAUCAAUCGAUUGCCCAUAAAAUACCAGGACAGAGGAGCGCCACACGACCAUAUGACAAGCGUAUUGAAGAUCCUAGGAUUGCACCCGGAAGGAUUAACUGCUAGAAAAUUAUCAUCAGAGACACGGUUAGCGCAACGAUUCAUUACAGAUUGUGUCAACACAUUGGUCUUUCGAAAGGAGGUGAUCAAGGUCCAGGAAGAGGGCCAAUAUGCAAGGUAUCUUUUUGAUCCAGCUCGAUUCCCCAGUGUACCCAAAUAA